AUGAGCCAGCCAUUCCAAACUUCUACAAGUUAUCGUCCUCCUCUAUAUAAUCAAAGCUCUUCAAGUCCAAAUUCUGCUCCUCUCCACCCAUCCCAAUUGGAUGAGAUAUUGAACACCAACAAGCAAAUCAUAGUUGCCCUUAAUGGCAUGCAAUCAACUGUGCAACUGGUCAAUACUCAUUCCCAAUCAAUAGCCAAAAUUGAAACCCAACUGGGAAAAUUGGCUACUUCUGUAAAUCAGCAUCAUAAAAGGGACAUGGGUAAACUUCCAUCUAAAACUGUGCUAAACUCGAAAGGGCAAUUUGUGAUUGAUGAACCCCCUCCUCCCAGUGGACCACAUCAUGAACAAAUCUAUGCGAUUACCACACUUCGGAGUGGAAGAGUUGCGGAUAACAAGGUUGGGGAAGAGACUGAAAUUCUAGCUCCCAAAGAUUCAAGUCCCCCCAAAAAUUUGAAAAUCAGUCCAAAAAUUCCAAAUUCACUAAUCCCAAGUAUUGAGACAUCUUAUGAGCCCAAGGGUCCUUAUCCUCAACGUCUCAAAGAAUUUACUCACUUUAGGAACAAGGGCUGCAAAAUUCAGGAUAUGUUGGAAGUCUUUAGGCAAGUAAAGAUCAACAUUCCUCUUCUCGAUGCCAUACAACAAAUUCCACCUUAUGCAAAAUUUCUUAAGGAUUUGUGUACACAGAAACGCAUCUACAAAAGCAACAUUCCUAAAAGGGUGAGGUUGACUAAACAAGAUCCGGGUGCCCCGAUAAUUUCGUGUGUCAUUGGAGACAACGAGAUUGAAAAGACCCUCACUGACUUAAGAGCGAGUGUAAAUUUGAUCCUUUAUUCACUCUACUUGCAACUUGGCUUGGGCGAUCUAAAACCCACUUUGGUUGUCUUGCAACUUACGGAUAGAUCCAUCAAGCAACCUCGUGGUAUCAUUGAAGGUGUAAUCAUUAAGGUGGACAAGUUCUACUUCCUGGUAGACUUCUUAGUUCUAGAUACCGAACCAGUCCACAAUCCUAAAAAUCACAUUCUCGUGAUUCUUGGUCGGCCUUUCUUAGCCACGACUAAUGCUUUAAUUAAUUACCGAACUGGGGUGAUGAAUAUUUCUUUUGGGAAUACGAAGGUUAAGCUCAACAUCUUCAAUGCUUCUCAACAUCCUCUGGAUGAAAAUGAAUGUUUUACUCUUGACACAUCAGAUGAAUUGGUCAAAGAUUCUCUCUUAUUCAUUCCAAGUCAAAAUGUUCUUGAAAUUCAGAAAAUUCAUGAUAAAUCUGACAAGGUUGUUAUCAAUGAACUUAGUUAG